CUUCCAUCUCGGAGCGCGGUGGCGACUGGAACUGCAGGGGUGGGAAGGGAGCGUGCGAGCGGGAUCCCGAGCCGCGGAGCACGCUGCCCCUCGCUCCGCCGCGGAUGACUUGGGAGCUCGGGUCCAAGUGCCGCCCAUGCAGCAUCCCUGCCCUCCGCCGCCCGAGAGUUGAUGAUAAAACACUUAACCGUCUCCGCUGCGGGAAGCCAUGAGCUGUCUGGAUGUUAUGUACCAAGUCUAUGGUCCUCCCCAGCCUUACUUCGCAGCCGCCUACACCCCUUACCACCAGAAACUAGCCUGUUACUCCAAAAUGCAGGAAGCACAGGAGUGCAACGCCAGCCCCAGCAACAGCAGUGGCAGUGGCAGCUCCUCCUUCUCCAGCCAAACUCCGGCUAGUAUAAAAGAAGAAGAAGGCAGCCCGGAGAAAGAGCGCCCACCAGAGGCGGAGUACAUCAACUCCCGCUGCGUCCUUUUCACCUAUUUCCAGGGAGACAUCAGCUCUGUGGUGGACGAACACUUCAGCCGGGCCCUGAGCCAGCCUAGCAGCUAUUCCCCAAGCUGUACAAGCAGCAAAGCCCCACGGAGCUCCGGGCCCUGGCGGGACGGCUCCUUCCCGAUGAGCCAGCGCAGCUUCCCCGCCUCCUUCUGGAACAGCGCUUACCAGACGCCGGUGCCCGCGCCGCUGGGCAGCCCGCUGGCCGCCGCUCACUCGGAGCUGCCCUUCGCCGCAGCCGACCCCUACUCGCCGGCCGCGCUGCACGGCCACCUGCACCAGGGCGCGGCAGAGCCCUGGCAUCACGCGCAUCCCCACCACGCGCAUCCGCACCACCCUUACGCGCUGGGCGGCGCCCUCGGCGCCCAGGCCGCCGCCUACCCGCGGCCCGCAGCCGUGCACGAGGUCUACGCGCCGCACUUCGACCCGCGCUACGGGCCGCUGCUGAUGCCGGCCGCCUCGGGGCGCCCGGCCCGCCUCGCUCCCGCGCCGGCCCCCGCGCCCGGCAGCCCGUCCUGCGAGCUCUCGGCCAAGGGCGAGCCGGCCGGCGCCACGUGGGCCGCGCCCGGGGGACCCUUCGCGAGCCCCACGGGGGACGUGGCCGGGGGUCUGGGCCUCAGCGUGGACUCAGAUUUGCAGCCUCAGGACAAAAGCAAGGAUCUGUACUGGUUUUAGACAACCCACCUUCUUCCCUGUAGGUCUCUGCAUAGCGCAAUUGGUGACACUCAGAGCUGAAAUCAAGUGGGUUUGUAACAGCUUCUGAUCUUGGUUUGCAGCUCGUCGUUAUUCCCUCUGUGGUGCAUCCCUUCUGAGCUGAUCUGCUGACCCAGGGUUUCCCCUUCCCUUUCCCUUCUGACCAGCCAUGGAGGCUGGCAUCUGUGCCUCUCACUUCAUGGAUGAGGACAUGGGGGAAUGCAGAGACUUCAAACUUCUCCGUGUAUUGGGAAAACCAGAACACACAUCGACAGAAUGUUCAUCUAAAAAUAAUUCCUUCUGCCAAAGAGGAAAUCCAAAGACUCUGAAUGAUGCUUAAUGACUUUUGGGCAAAUCACUGGAAAUAUCCAUGGUGAUCACUUAGGUGACAUGAUAUCAUAGUUUUCUUGGAAAGAGGGAAAGAAAAAGAGAUGUUUUGGUGUGAAUAUUUUUUAUGCUGAUGUGAAUUAUUUCAUUAAGUAGUGUGAUCAUAGCACUGCCUACGUCAAUAUCCUCAGACUGAAAUGUAUUUGUAUUUGCAUCAAAGACUGUGGUAGAGAAGUCAAAGGAAGCCAAUUCCUUCUUCCUCACCUGUAGCCUCCAGCUCCUUUCCUGCCCGCUCCCUCCCUACAACACCCACUCCAGACACAAAGACACACUUUUUCCUUCGGACUGUGAACGUGGAAGCCUCAGCCUGAAUGUGAGCGGCAAGUGGCUUAUCUGGAGCCACCUGCCUGAGUCUUACUGAAAUGCAGCUGUUGUAGGACAACUGUUUAAAACUCCAGAAAUACAUCGACCAAAGGGGGCACUUCCCAGUGUUUGGCACAGCAAUUGCAGUUGCACUGGAUAUGUUUUAUACGUGUGUGUGUGUGUGUAUAUAUCAUAUUUUUUACAAAGAACAUUUUAUGAUGAAAGAAGAAACUCUCUCUGCCUUCUCUCCCACAAAUUCUGUCCCUCCCUCUAUCCUCCUUUGGAUGAAAACAAGUAAGCAUCAAGAGGCCCCAGUUGUCUCCAAGAAGAAGAACUAGGAGUCACCAGAAGGGGAAGAGAUGCCCAUGGAGUCUCUGGUACCUCGAAUAUUCUUCUCAGUCUCUGUGGUCAUGGUUUGGUCACUUUAGUGUUGGGACAGGGGAAGGGGUACACAUGUGGGCAAAACUGAAGGGGAUGAGGAAGAAGAAACGAACAUUAAAGAUGUUUGUUUACCACUA